AUGCAUAUGUCCGACGAUAUACUCGAUGAUGAUAUUACUUCCUUACGUAAUUUGGAAUUUGAGGUAUCGGAAUAUUUGAUUAGAAGUGACAGCACCGCUUACCAUGAACUCUAUCCCGGUGUUGAGAUGCUAGACUAUGAUUUUGUCGCAGAGAGGCAAAAUCUUUAUGCCACAAACCUCGUCGAAUCAACCGCCCAUUUAGUAAAAGGCUGUAUCGGUGCUGGCAUAUUAGGGAUACAUGAGGCUUAUAUGUACGGUGGGAUUUGGACAUCACUGGCAGUCACCGCCAUCUUUGGAUUUCUUAUUUCAUAUUGUAUGUUAAUGUUGGUGAAAUCAGCCCAAAAAAUGUACCUGAGAUUACGUGUACCAAGACUCUCCUAUCCUGACUUAGCAGAAGUGGCUCUUGCCACGGGUCCUUUAAAGUUGCGACGAUUCAGCAAAGCAUUCAGAUAUCUCGUGGACUUUUUUUUAUUUUUGGAAUUCAAUGGAACAUGCUGUAUUUUCGAUAUAAUCAUGGCGAGGACAUUAAAAGGGGUACUGGAAGCGGCAUCUAGUAUUAAAAUUUCAAUAAGUAUCUAUAUAUUAAUAGUGACUCUUCCAUUGAUAGCGUUGAGCCUGAUUCGAAGUUUAAAGUAUUUGGCGCCAUUUUCCCUCGCAGCUGAUCUGAUUACGGCAUUAUGCGUCGCAACAACAAUGUACUACAGCAUAACACUCGGGUCGGAUUUAAGCGAUCGUCCCGCGUGGAAGAACGUCCAUGGAUUCUUUAAUAUGCUCGGUGUUUGCAUGUACAGUAUGAAUGGCAUCGGUGUAGUUCUACCCAUUGAAAAUAACAUGAGACGGCCUCAGUACUUUAAUACUGUAUUGCAAUGUGGUAUGCCCAUCGUAAUAACUUUCGUUAUGAUAAUAGGAUUCUUUGGUUAUUGGGCUUGGGGGGAAAAUUGCCGUUCCCCAUUUACGAUACAUAUGCCUUCGUAUUUAUCUCUUCUCAUAAUGCAAGGGUUACUAACGAUAACCCUUGGGGUAACGUUUGCUGUACACUUCUGGGUCCCCUUUCGAAUUAUUUGGCAUUACGUUGGAAGAAAACAUGACACACGUCGUGGAUUAUGGGAGCGUCUGUAUCGAGCUCUACAUGUGAUGGUGAUCGCGUGUUUGUCGAUCGCUCUGCCUAAUAUAGUUACAUGGAUGAGUUUCCUUGGAAACUUCUUCACGGCGGUCAUGGUAUUUAUAUUCCCAGCUCUAAUAGAGAUACUAAUCACAUGUAAAGAACCCAUAAAUCAUCGAUUAAGGUUGUUGAAGAACAUAAGCCUUAUGGUUUUGGGGGGCAUUUUAUCUGGAGGCGGUUGGGUUUUGUUCACAUAA